AUAUAAACUUUGAAUCUUAUUCUGAGCAUUACCAAUUCUCGAGCUUUUGAUUAAAAUUUGAAUUAAAAUUUGAGUACGAGAAAGAUGAUUUUGAUUUUUAAUUCUCAAGCCAGACCCAAAUUGAAACCCAAACUCAGAGAUAUAUAAGCCCAAAUCCAAACUUCAAAACUUCCUUCUUAUUUAUUUAUGUAUAUUUUUAUUUUUAAAUUUUCCUAAGCUCCAAAAAUUCUGAAGAUAGUCAGGAACUGAAAAGCGCGAAAAUUCUAGGGUUUUUGGCCUUUGAAUAUCUUCUCUGAGUGGAAAUGGCGUUUUCUGAUGAAGAAGAAGAAGAAGAGAGUUUACUCCGUUCCGUCUCGAACUACUACUUCGAUGAUGAGAAAGACGAGGCGGUUUCCUUUUCUGAGUUGCCACUUCAAUUAGGGGGGAAAGAAUGCUUAAUUAAUGGAGCUAAAAAGAAAGUGCUUUUGAGAGGAACAGCCGAUCACGGGCUCUUGACGAUUUGCAAGCUUGUCACUGCGUGGAAAUUUGAUUUGUCUAAUGUUGGGAAGCCGGAGAUUUUGGUUUUAAGUAAAGAAAACGGGUGGAUUAAGUUACAAAAGCCCAGGAAGAGCUUUGAGCCUGUGAUUAGGAGCGUCUUGAUAACGGUUCAUUGCUUGCAUCUUCUUAGUUGGAAUCCGGAUUUGUCAAGGAAAUCGUUGUGGGAUCAGUUAGCUAAAGCUUUUAGCUUGUAUGAGGUGAAGCCUUCACAAAACGAUUUGGUGGAUCACAUGGAGUUGAUUUGUGAGGCUGUUAAAAGUAAUGGUUCCUUAGCAAAAUCCAAGUUUUUGCAUACAUUUUUGGAGGAGAAGCCCAUAAAGAGGAAACUUGCUGAUGAGGAUGUUCGAGCCACAUCAAUUUCUGGAUUUAUAGUUGAUGAUGUAGAUGAUGCAGUUGAUGGCCCUGAGCAAGAUGAUUCCAAUGACGAGGAUGAUGAACUGUUUGAUUCAGUUUGCGCCUUUUGUGACAAUGGGGGUGAACUUCUAUGUUGUGACGGUAAAUGCUUGAGAUCAUUUCAUGCAACUGUAGAGGCUGGUGAAGAAUCUUUCUGUGAAUCUCUUGGCUUUACUCUGAAGCAAGUUGAAGCCAUGCAGACUUUCUCAUGCAAGAAUUGUGAGUAUAAUAAGCAUCAGUGCUUUGCAUGUGGGAAGUUAGGCUCAUCUGAUAAGUCCUCUGGUGCAGAGGUCUUUCGCUGUAGUAAUGCAACCUGUGGCCACUUUUAUCAUCCACAUUGUGUGGCAAAAUUGCUCCAUAAGGGGGAUAAAGUCGCUGCAGAAGAGCAUGGGCAAAAAAUUUUAGCAGGGGAAUUUUUUACAUGCCCCAUUCAUAAAUGUUGUGUUUGUCAACAAGGAGAAAACAAGAAGGUUCAGGACCUGCAAUUUGCUUUAUGUAGACGUUGCCCCACAUCAUACCACAGGAAAUGCUUACCAAGAGAGAUUGGAUUUGAUGAUAUAGAUGAUGAAGGUAUUGUAACAAGGGCUUGGGAUGGUCUUCUUGUCAAUCGUGUACUGAUAUAUUGCUUAAAACAUAAGAUCAACGAUGAAAUUGGGACUCCAGAAAGGGACCAUAUAAAAUUCCCCAUUCUUGAAGAUAGGAAGAUUGCUUUUGAUGAAAGGAAGAAGAGAAAGGCAUCAGAUUUGCCCACAAGUCAUGAAAAAGUUGGGUUGAAGAAGAAAAUUUUUGCAUUAGAAGACUCUUCACAGGAAAGAACUGCCAUGAAAGCAGAAAAGCAGUUGUCUUCUAUUGUUAAAGAUGGUCAAACUAGCAAAAAGAGUAAAAAAGUUACUCCUGGGACAAAUUCCCUUAGAAAAGUCAAAGAACCUGGUUCAUCCAUAAAGCCUUUGAAAGGGAAAUUAAAUUCUGUGCCAAUGGAGGUGGGCAAAUCCUCUGCACCUGAUCAAAACAAGACCUCCCUGGGUGACAGACUAUUCACUUUUAUGACUCAGAGCGAGCAGGUUAAGCCUGGGAGACAGGAUAUGCUCAAAGGUGGUAAUAAGACUGCCAUGGUCAAGUCUGCUGUAAAAAAAAAGAGCACUGGAAUGCCUUCAUUAGAUGCUGACUCUGAGAGAAGAUUAUUCGCUCUGAUGAAAGAGGUUGAAUCAUCAAUAACUUUGGAAGAUAUCAUAGCAAAGCACAAGGUUCCAUCCACACAUGCAUAUUCGUCAAAAAGUGUUGUCGACAGAACAAUUACUCUUGGGAGGAUAGAGGGUUCAGUUGAGGCUGUUCGGAUGGCUUUAGCAAAACUAGAGGAUGGCUGUAAUAUUGAAGAUGCUCAAGCUGUUUGUGAGCUAGAGGUUCUGAACCAGAUAUUUAAGUGGCAGAACAAACUCAGAGUAUAUCUUGCACCUUUUCUAAAUGGCAUGCGCUACACAUCAUUUGGUCGCCAUUUUACUAAAGUGGAUAAACUUAAAGAGAUUGUUGAUAGACUUCAUUGGUAUGUUCAAGAUGGUGAUACAGUAAGGGUUUCUGUGUCUACUUCCCCU